CACAUUGCACCCUCUUUAAGCAUCAAAAGCAAACGUUUUUACUAACCCUUUAACUUGAAUCGAUCUGUUCUUUUGUUCAUUAAUUCGCGAUUGCAAUGAGAUUUUCCCGAGAAAAUUUUCUGGGUACGGCGAAAACGACCCCAGAUUCUCAUCACGAGCACGAAGAAGAAGAAGAAGCAGAAUCAGACUACUUUGACCAACUCCCAGAUGACAUUCUUCUCGUGAUCUUCAACAAAGUUCUCGAUGCCAAAUCUCUCGUUCAAUGUCUUUCGAUCUCGAAGCGUUUCAAUUCUCUGAUUCCCCGAACCGACUCCAUUUUCCUCCAUCUCCCUCGAAAGAUUCAACCAAAGAAGCCCCUCUUGAAGAGUCUCCUCAACAACUACAUCCCCAAAUCGAUUCGAUUUCUCAAGACCAUCGUCUCCCCUAACAACAAACCCAAACCCAACAAGAUCACUCGGAAUGAUCUCUUUUACCCGGCUGAUGAAGCUUUGAAGAAUUUCAAAGAGACCAAAUCUCUGCAUCUGGAGGUUCCAUGCGCCAGCAAUGGAGAAAACGACGAGUCGUUUUUGAAAUGGACGGCCGAGUUCGGAACCAAUCUCCAGAGCUGCGUAAUCCUCGGGGGAAAUUCAGUAAAGAGAGGAACUCUCCAGAAGAAAAACGACAAUGGAAACAGCGAAUCAUCGUCUCCUCCACCUCAACAACCGGUGAUGUUAUCAGACGAGGAGCUAAAGCUGCGAAUAGUAUGGAUGAUAUCGUCGUUGAUGGCCGCCUCCGCCAGACACUACGUGUUGAAACGCGUCGUCGGAGACUUCCCAGCUCUGGCGAACGUCGUCGUUUCGGACGAGAAGAAACGAGGGAAGCUCUCCAUAGGGGCGGAGCAACUCGCCGAGUUGAGAUCGAACUCGGAAAACGACGAUGAAUCGUCGACGAAGGUUGAGCUAGAGUCGUCGUUGGAGAGGAGCUUGAUACCAGAUUUGAAGAUGAAACUGUGGUACGUUCCCGAGCUGGAGCUACCGGGAUGUGGGCGCGUGAUGAGUGGAGCGACGUUGGUUGUGAUCAAGCCCAUGAGUGGAGCUGUUGACAAUGUCGAUGGUGUGUUGGGAGGUGGGUUCGAUGGCGAUGAAGAAGAGAAGAGCAUCGUGAGUGAAGCUGUUGCAGAGAUGAUGAAGAUGAAGAAGACUUACGUCAUGGAAAUGACUUCAUUCUGAUUCAAAUAGUUUCAUUUUUUUUCUUUUUUUUUGUGUGUGAGAUAUAUAGUUAAAUUCUUUUUUUUUUCUUUCUAAAUAUAUAUUAAGUGAUUAUUUGAUGGAGAAUUUUUUGUAGGUUAUCAGUGAAACAAUAAACAUGUCAUUGAUUCAAUCAUUGAAACUAUGCUUUGUUUUUUGAAGGAUCAUUAAAAUUAUGUUUGAGUUUGGUCUGUAUGAAAUUAGUAAUUAUUUGAGCAAAGUUUUAUUUUCGGUGUGAAA